AAUUAAACUCGGGAAAAUUGUUUUGAAGAUAUUUAUGUUAUUGUUUAUUGUUGAAAUGCAUUUAAUUUUAUUAUUUCUAUUUACAUACGUAAGUUUUGUAUCUGCGUUGUUCCCCUACGUGUAUCCUAGGAUUGAACUUGCUGCAUCGCUCACUGGAGCCGCCGGUACACCAUUAUAUCUCACUCCUUUUCUGAAGAAUGGCUCCAUAGACGCAGCGCAAAAGCUUUCCCGAGUAUCUUUGACUACAAAACUUGGCUUCGAGAGUCAUGCGGGCUUUUUCACCGUGGACGAACAUUAUCAAUCUAACCUGUACUUCUGGUACUUUCCAACGUUUUCCGACGAUCCAAAUGCACCAGUCAUUCUAUGGUUGCAAGGCGGGCCCGGCGGGAGCUCCUUAUUCGGACUUUUCACGGAAAUAGGGCCUUUAAUAGCAACUAAGAAAGGCUUUAAAUUGAGGAAGCACCACUGGGCAUUGAAUAGCCAUCUUAUUUUCAUAGACAACCCAGUUGGCACAGGAUUUAGUUUUACUAACAAUGAAGAAGGUUAUUGUACUGACGAAAACUGUGUUGCACUCGGCUUGUACAAUGCAAUGCAACAAUUCUUCACCCUAUUUCCUAAAUUAAGAAGCCACAAGUUUUUUAUAACUGGGGAAUCUUAUGCGGGGAAGUAUAUACCAGCUUUAGGUAUGGAGAUACAUAAUCAAAAUCCUAAAGCUGCUAAUAAAAUUAACCUACAAGGUAUGGCAAUGGGAAAUGCUUACUGUGAUCCUGCUAACCAGCUAGAUUACGGUAACUACUUGUAUCAACAUGGACUUAUAGAUAAUAAUCAGCUUCAAGUAUUUGAGAAGCUCCAAGCAAAAAUCACCGCUGAAAUAAGCAGAGAAAACUGGAUACAAGCAGAUUUACUCAUGGAUAUAAUGAUGGAUGGAGAUGUGAAAAACUUCUCAUAUUUCAAGAACUACACCGGUUUUGAUAAUUAUUAUAAUUUUCUUAAAACGAGUGAAGUCGACAUUACCAUAUUUGCUAAAUUGCUGCAGGAUGACGAAGCUCGAGAGAGCAUUCAUGUUGGAAACUUGCCUUUUAACUCGGGUAAAGAAGUGCAGUUACAUUUAGCACUAGACAUAUUGAAAUCUGUGGCACCAUAUGUUAAAACAUUGCUGUCUCACUACCGAAUGCUUAUAUACAACGGACAGCUAGAUAUUAUUGUUGCUUAUCCGCUAACAGAAAAGUUUCUACAGAAUUUAGAUUUCAGCUCUGCUGAGGAGUAUAAAACUGCUCCGAGGAAGAUAUGGAGGGUCGGGGAUGAGGUGGCUGGGUAUAAGAAGAAAGCUGGCAACUUGACAGAGUUGCUGGUGAGAAAUGCUGGCCAUAUGGUGCCCCAUGAUCAGCCCAAGUGGGCAUUUGAUAUGAUCACGCGUUUUAUUCAAGGCAAAAUGUGAUUUAAUAUAUUUUAACCAUGACACCAUUAUGCUGUAUAGUUGACGUCAAAUAUUGUUUACAAUUUUAAUAAUAGCAAUAAUAAUCACAACAACAAUUACAAUUUUCACAAUUACAAUUUUCGCCUUAUUACAAAAGUGUAAACAUAUCUGACUGUACCUAUCUCAUUGUAUUUUAAUUUAAAUAAUGAAUGGGAGCAAAGUAACAAGUUUGCAACAUUUUAAUAAUUGUAAUUAAUACUCAUAUUGCUUUUAUUAUAUAAAAUAUGGUGCUGGAUUGGCUUAGAGAUAGUUUUUAGAUUUUUUGUAUUGUGGACAGUAGGUAUUAGUAUAUAAUUU